GCGUGCCGCGACUACUGGGACACCACGGCAGGGCCAUACCAAUGGCCCACCCCUCAAAUCUGCCCUCAAGAAAACUCGCCACUCAGAAGAAGUUACCUCGACCCCCGUGAUGGCUCCAUUAGAACGCACGCGAACGACGUCCUCAUCACGGCAACGCUACACACCGACGACUCGCACGGGGUCAAACUCCAAUCCACAAUUUAUGCCAGACCACAUGUUUGUCUCCUUCUCCGGCACGAACGAACUUCGCGUUCAUAAUGUCGCCUUCCAAGACACACUCGAUGUUCUCAGAGAACAUGUCAUCCCCAUGUGGCCUCACGGCGUCACGACACACUCGCUCGCCGCACACUCAUGGCGUGUCACAUUUGCUCGGAAUCCAUGGAGUGCCAGCGGCCAAGAGGGCAUCAUUGCCCAACAGAUGGUGUGUGAGCUGUUUGCACGACUCUCACAUCAGGGGUACCAGUACCUAACAUCCGUAAACGCAGGCAGCUCAUGUGGGCAGCUGAUUUUCCAAGACUCACAGGCGGACGAGAACGCAGAUUUCUUCGUAGCCAAUUUCUCGAGCUCGGGCCGCCGGAUGACCCUUGUCAAACCCCCACGACGCAUAGGUGAACAAAUCGGAGCACGGCUCAGGUCGGCAUGGCCGCACAAAAUUGCCGCUGAUCGUUCAAGCGAGCAAAACAUAUACACAGUAGAGCUGAAAAGAAAUUCGUUUGGCGGCCCAGAGCUCGAUACCAACGUUUUUGCCGCCGCCGCUUUGCAGGAGAUCAACUUUAUGGGGUACAAACUCGAAGCUACGGUCUCAUUUUCACGAUCAAGCAUGUGGGGUUUUGGUGGCAAGAAGGAGCUCUGGGUUUUCCGAGGUAGCAAACGGUCUCGACCAGAAUCUCGGUCAGGGAAAUAGUGACUUGUUUUGCUAGUAUUUACUGAUCUUCUUGUCAAUCUUAUGGUGGGGUUUCAACGG